AUGCGCAUCCUUGGGCUGUCUUUUUCCCUCUUUCUCGCUCUACACGCCAAUGAAGAUGCCAAGAGACUCUACGACGACCUCAUGGUCAACUACAACCGCCAUAGAAGGUUCUUUGACCAAAAACGCGUUUUUUUCAGCUUUUAUGGAAAUUAAUGUUUCAUGCGAAAAUUACGAAGCUUCAACGGUCCCAAAUAAAGUCAAAAAUAUCUCUUUUGUAUAGCCUGUGUACCGCGACUUGGAAUUUAACCAAACGACAUUCCGCCGUGCCGCUGCGCGCCUUUGCGAACCUUGGUCGCGCUUUUAAUUUUUUUUUCUUUUUACAAGGCUCCCAAAGCAAUAAAAAUAAAUUGAAAGCGUGACCUAGAUUCGAAAGACGCUUCGCGAACGCACGCAGCGGAACAGCGGAAUGUCGUUCCGUGAAAUUUCAAGUCGUGGCACAAAGACUAUAGCUGUUUCUGCAAUAAAAGGGUGAACUGAUAGAUGGAAAAAAUUAAUCUUUGAAUAAAAAAUAAAUUAAGCUUGAACUAGAGUGAUUUACAGGCCAUCGACUGGAUCGCAACAACCUCUAACCAUAAAACUCAACCUUAGACUCAGCCAGAUCAUAGAUGUGGUGAAUGAAAGUCUAUCAAACUGAAACGGUGAAGUUUUAUUUAGCACGAGAUCGACCAAAUCAUGACCUGCUCGGUGUGGCUGAAGCAGGUGUGGACCGACAAGAAGCUGUCCUGGGAUCCGCGGAGUUACGGCGGCGUCAGCGUGCUCUACGUGCCCUACGAGAUGAUCUGGGUCCCUGACAUCGUCCUCUACAACAAGUGAGUCUUGUGGCUGGAAAACCACUUCAAGAACGUCUGCAGCGCCGACAGCAACUACAACAUCACUAUUUCCACGAAAGCCACUCUCCAUUUCUCCGGAGAAGUUAGUUGUUGAGAGAUUCUUGGCUGAGCAAGACUUUCAGGUCACCUGGGAGCCGCCCGCCAUUUUCAAAAGCUUGUGUCAAAUGGAUGUUAGGUGGUUCCCAUUUGACGAGCAACAGUGCCAUUUAAAAGUAGUUUUUUUCAAGCUUUCUUUGAGAUAAGAAUUUUCAUUUUAGUUUGGAUCGUGGACUUACUCGGAAGAUCUUUUGAAUGUAGAAUUGGGCGAGCACGACGUUCAUUAUGAAGAAGAGAUUGACCCGAAUGGAAUAACGGACAACGUCACAGUGGCUGAUGAUGGGAUCGGUGAACCUUUCCUUCAAUAAAAGAAUCCUUACGAAAAAUUUCAGACUUGUCGGACUACUAUCCGUCGGUAGAGUGGGACAUAAUGUCCCGCGUCGCUAAAAGAAGGGCCAAAAACUAUCCCAGCUGUUGCCCGCAAAACGCCUAUAUUGAUGUCACGGUGAGUGGGAAGUUUUUUUGAGCAUUUAAAAAAUAUUCCCGCUACGAAAUCAACUUAUUUUUAUCAGUUUUUUUUCUUCUUCAGAUGAAAAAAAUUUCAAGUAGUGUGUCGAGAGUUGGCUUCUGCGUAAGAAUAAGGCCUAACGGGGAAAACCUUUAGUGACCACUAUAGGGUUUUGACGUUUUUGUGGCCACUAUAGCAGUCAAAUUAGUGGCCACUUAAGGGGGCUAUAUAGAGGUCUAAGUGCUACUACUAGACCACAAAAAAUUUUAGUGGCCCCUUUAGGGGCAAUGGAUUAACAUAACUGGUCCUAUCUGUUUGUUUUAAAAUCAUUAGAGUUACUGGAAGCGACCCCUGAAUGAAAGGAAUACUGGAUGAAAAACUACUGAAGUGGCCACUAAAUAGAGGACCUCUAUAGUGGCUACUAAAAAUUCUCCCAGUAAAGCCCGGAUCGGGCAGGCUCGGCCUGGCGCACAAGCCUGGCUUCAGGCUGGGUUUAUCAAUGGAGCGCAUCAUGACAAUAUUUUCUGCAGCUCUUUUUUCGCUCUCACAUUUUUCGAAGCUCUUCGACGUUCUUUUCUUGAGUUUCAGUAUUACCUUCUUCUUCGAAGAAAGCCGCUUUUCUACACUGUUAACCUCGUUUUCCCUUGCGUUGGGAUUUCGUUCCUCACCAUCACUGUAUUUUACUUACCUUCCGACUCUGGAGAAAAGGUAAGUCGAAUCCAGAGUUGAAUAUCAAUAUCUAUCGAGCAGGUCUCGUUGUGCAUCAUGAUUUUGGUGGCCCUGACAAUCUUCUUCCUUCUAUUGGUUUGCUGGAUAUGUGUUUUUUCAACCCAUUUUUGUAGACGGAAAUCAUCCCAGCAACUUCUAUCACUCUGCCCCUUAUUGGAAAGUAUCUUCUCUUCACAAUGAUCAUGGUCACACUAUCUGUGGUGGUCACCGUCAUUUGUGAGUUCUUUUCGUGCCAAUUUCAUUUAGUGGAACAAUUAAGCGUUAAACUUACAUUUCCGGACUCCAUCAACUCAUCUGAUGUCGCCAUGGGUCAAGAAAGUGUUCUUGAAAUGGCUGCCAAAGGUUUCUUACAGCUUCUGAUCAAUCGAAAGUUGAAACUUUACAGGUUCUGUUCAUGCGACGGCCAGCGGAAGAAAAGGAAGAGUCGAAGGGGCCCAACAACCCCAAAGGUCCGUCGUUUGAGUGAAGCCGUAAGGAUGGCUUUGUAGAUGGAAAGAUAGCGCUGAACGUGCAUUCGCAUCGCGUCAGCAAGGACGUCGGGAGGUCCGCCGCCGCCGACGACUCCAUCCAGAAGCUCUACAACUCUCCGCACGUUGUCAAGGCUUUCGAGAAUGUCUGCUUCAUCGCAGAACUUCUGAAAAAGAAAGACCGCGAUGACGAGGUGAGUUCGGCAAAGGCUCCAAUGAGUUCAAUUAUUUUCAAUAGUCUUUCGAAACUGCUGGAAGAUGAGAUCAAAAAAGAUACUUCAAUUCUUCUGAAAAAGGCAAUUCGAAAGACCGCUAUAGCUGAUUCACGGCUGGCUUGAGCCAUCGAGAAAAGGGUCCUGUCACGAAAAGAGACGAGACAGUGCCCUGGUUAGUGGAGAGUGCAGACAGGCCACGCCUUUUUGCGUCCCAAGCUAGCCGUGAAUCGUCUAUAGUGAUUUUUUCUAAAGUAUUACACAGUGUUUCCAAACGGGAGGCAGCCGGGGUCAGUAGGCAUGGCUACUGCAAGGGCGGCACGGUUUAUUGCAAUAGGGGCGCGGGGAUGAGAAUAGAAUUGUGUGGAUUUAGUGGUUGGAAAAAAAGAGCAUUAAAUAAUUUUUCUAGAUUCGCGCAAUUUUUUUGAAUAUUUUUUUAAUGUUUAUUAAGUGAUAAAAAAAUCUAUUUAAAUGAAAAAAAGAGACAAAAAUAGCUUUUUGCAUAACAAAAAAAUGGCGUUGAGAAAAAAAUUCGUCAAAUCAAAUUUGAAAAAGGGAAAAAUUCAGAAAAAAAUCUUAAUUCACUUCUUUUUGAGAAACUCUAUUUGGACAUUUUGAAACAAAAACCACAAUAGCUUGUAUAUACGGAAUAAGUUAUGAUCAAAAAUUUCAUUUUAAUGAGAAUUUCUGUGACAAAAAGUCGAAAAUUAUGGAAGCUUUCAAAUCGGAACUUUUUUUCACGUUUACUUCUGUCAAUUUUUUAAGUAAAAAUCAAUUUUCCCUCUUUUCUUGAAUCGAUAAUGACAACACAGAUCGAUGAGGACUGGAAGUACGUGGCGAUGGUGCUCGACCGCUUGUUCCUCCUCAUUUUCUCGAUCGCUUGCUUUGUGGGAACAGUCAUCAUCCUGCUACAAGUGUGUCUUUUUUUAACUGCACCGAGAACUUUUUUUUUUUGCAGGCGCCCACGCUGUAUGACAACAAAAGUCCGAUCGACUUGCAGUACAGGCCCGCGAAUCUUUCAGCUUCUCCGCACUUGCUUCAUUGA